AUGCCGCCGAUGGUGCAGGUCAAGCGCAAAGCAAGCAUGCCCGUCAGGAGGCGUCCUGGGUCCUUCGCGGGGGAUAGAUCACUACCAUGCUUGGGGGUCGGUAUGUCUCUUGCAAUAAUCGGGGCAUUAUGCAGGCCCCGGGGAGCCCAGAGCUUUGUCGUUGUUCGAGGAGCGGUAGCAGGCGGGGUCAUUGACGGUACGGCAGCAGUGACAGCAGCACCAACAGCAGGGAGAUCGCGGGGCGGUGUAGAUUGCUGCCAGCGGAGACCAUCGGUGGGUAGAAUGGGGGUGGGGGUGGUGUUGAGGGCAUCCAUGGACGAUGAUGACGAGUUCGACCCGGAUGCCUGGACGGAUGAGCUACGAGAGAACGAAGCCAAGACUCAGGGCGGCGAUGACAUGGGGAUGGGCGUGUCGAACACCGUCAAGAAGAAGCGGCGCGCGGACCCGAAAUACGUUAACGCGGAAGGGGGGGAGAACACGGUCCUCGAGCUCGCGAGUGCGGCUCAAAACGUGGUGGACAAGUGGGAGAAGGAGAACAAGGAGGAAGAGGAAGAGAAGAAGAGGCAGGCGGAAGCAGCGGCUGCCGCUUUCAUGGUGGACGACGAGGAAGAAGACCUCGGGAUGGGGGUCUCUGAUACGAUACCGGCUCCCAAGAGCAUGAUGGAAACUCUCGGAGGAAGCGACAAAUUCGACAAAGCGAUCAACGCCAUGCAGGGCGCGGAGCAGCUCAGGGAGAUGGAGAGCAUGACCGCUAAGGACCAAAAGAGGGCGGAGAUGGAGCAGAGGGGGCUUUCCGAAGAGCAAAUCGCCGCCUACUUGGGCGUGGACUCAUCGGAGGAGCCUCCCAAGUCGAAGGCUGAGGAAGCCAAGGUCAGAGCGGACCAGGCGGCGGCGAGAGCGUUCGAGAAGUUCAACCAAGCGGCUUUCGUGGAUUCGAGUGCCUGGAGAGCGGAGGAAGAACUCCUCAAGGUGGCGCCUUCUAGCAGCCUGGUCAAGAAGGACGAAAACGGAGUUCCACUAGAGGACAGGUUCGUGUACGUGGACGAGUACACCUGCAUUGGGUGCACGCACUGCAACCACCAGGCCCCCUCUACCUUCUUCAUGGAGGAGGAGUUCGGCCGGGCGAGGGUCUACCAGCAGGGCAGAGACACGGCCGACGCGGUCCAAACCGCGAUCCUGACGUGUCCCGUGGACUGCAUCCACUACGUCGACUUUCCGGAGUUGGUCAGGCUGGAAAAGGAGAGGGAGGGGAUCAGCAUCAACUUUAAGGCCAAGCUUGUCGGCAACGACCACGAUAACGUCGCCAACGGAAUGCAGAGGAUCAGUGGUGACGGGGGCAUGCGGUGCGACAACUGCCCGAGCAAGGGGUGCUACAACUGCCCCAUGUUCAGCGUCGGCAACAACCCGGAAUACACCAAGCGAAAGGAGGAGAGGAAGGCGAAGAGAAUUGCACGGAGGAAGAAGGAGAAGGAAGAGCUCAGCGGGGAGAUCAAGAGCGCAGAACUGUGAACGGGAUCCCAAAAGUUGGAGCCAUUGGGCCAAGAACAAAUAACCGGUUGCCGGUGUUGGUGGUUGGCGUUACAACCGACAGAGUAACCCUAACCCUAACCCUAACCCUAACCCUAACCCUAACCCUAACCCUAAAGAUUUCCUCGCUCUUGAACGCCGAGUCACGAUUGGCUUGGGUUUAUGGAGCAAGACGGUCGGCUGCCUGUUUUCGUGUGACGGAAGGGGCUUCGGAGCGACCCUCGGACCUUCGGAGCGUUCCUCAGAACAUUCCGGCAGCUAUUAAUAGAGCGUGGCCACCUCCCAGUUUGAAGCGACCGACGCCAAGUAAUAGGUUCCACGGCUGGUGCUGCUGCGGUCGAGAUAGAUCUGUGCGUGAAUCUGGAAAGUCGCGUCCUGUCCAUUUCACUUGAGAGAUAGAGAGAGUGAGGUAGAUGUUGAGCCCCCAGGUGGCGGCAUUGUCCUUUCCAGUUUUGCCAUUUGUGACGCUUCACAGAAUUUUGCACAAAUCUUUUGGGCCGUAUCUUGGGUACGGAACAUGGGCUGACGGCGUCGAAGAAAAUUGUAGAUACGGUAAAUUUGAUGGCAAGUGAGCCGGUUUGGUGAAGCAAAAAUCGUGAGCGAGUAGUGAAUUGCUGCCACACAUCCAGCUACUUAUUGUACGAAACGCAAUUUUGGGCUGUGCGUGCGGAGCUUGUGUGCGACACGGCGCACGCGCGCGCAUGUCAGGGUUACACAAGUUUGUUGAGGACACCGUCCGUGAUAGUAGAGCGGUGCGGAAAUGGACGUGGAAUCACCGGAAAAUGUGACUUGGAUAAGCUUGUGAGCCUGAUCUUGGCGGUACGGGUGAGGCGCUACGGAUAUCGCCAAUAUUGUGGUUAUCUCCCGGGAUACCACCCCGAGAGGGUACCGGGGCACUCACACGGGAUUCCGCUUUGUAGAUGGGAAAGUGCCGUUGUUUUGAAUCGGCAACGGGUGGAGUUGGGUCUGGCGGGCUGAAUGGAUAGUUGUGUCUCGGUUUAAAGUCGGCUUGGUGGGCAGGAAGAUGCGGAUGCGUCUUGCGUUCCCGCGUGAUUGUUGGCUUUCCGGUUGACGAACCGUAACUUGCGAAGGAUUACCGGACUGAAGGACGUCUGAGAGGUCGGAGGUGACAUUCUCGUCAACGAGGGAGGUGACUGAUGUAGAUGGCGCGUGCAGUUUUGGCGUGGAACUGUAUCGGGCGGAAAAAUUUACAUCUAUACUAGCCUUUUUUUUUGGAGGAUCUGAUGAGCGUGUCGCAUUGAUUGAUGGAUCGUCGUCCUCACUAGACCACCGGGUGAUUGGUGAUUGGUGAUUGGUGAUUGCGUGUUUGUUUUCACCUGUUUUGCAACGGUCUCUUUCGACUCCCGCGCAAAGGGGUGAGCUUCAAGGAACGCCGUU